AUGGCGACGGGCGGCGGCGGUGGCGGAGGGCCCGGGCCCGGGCCCGGCCCCGGGGUCAGGGCUGGGGCUGGUGCCGGUCGCGGCCCGGCUGCCAGCGGAGUCGGCGUGCGACGAGGCCCGUCGCUCACUUGGGCUGAAAGCAAGAAGCCAAGCAAGGCGAUGGAUGUGGUGGAGAAAAGAGGACCCUACAUCAUGAGCAAGCCUCCCUCCCUGCACACCAAGCUCCAGAGGCAGCGGGAGCUGGCGAAGGCAGCGCUGCGGAGGCAGGGGCUGCUGGGGGGACCUGCAACACACCAGCAGAAGCCAGCAGCUAAAAGGUCGGUGAAGUUUAACAAGGGCUACACAGCGCUCAGCCAGACGGCAGAUGACAGCCUGGUCUCCCUCGAUUCUGACAGUGACGGGGAGCAGGGAUCCAGAUGUUCCUCAGGCUAUUCCUCCGCCGAGCAGGUGAACCAGGACCUGAGCCGGCAGCUGCUGCAGGAUGGGUACCACCUGGACGAGGUCCCUGAUGAUGAAGACCUGGAUCUCAUCCCCCCAAAACCUGUUGCCUCCUCUUCCUGCCCCUGUUGUUUUGGAGAAAAUCUCUGCUGCGUGAUCCAGUAGUCACUGCUCAGCCAGAGCCGUGCAAGGACAGGUCAAAAUCCAGCACUUUGUGUC